AUUGAAGAAAUAAGAAAUAGUAUAAAAUGAAUAUUUUUCUUUUCGACACAUUUUUUAUAGUAUAGUAUGAAUACUUACGCAUUUAUUCAUAAAUCUUAGCACGAGAGUCAUCUUACACCCCGGCAUGUACGACAAGUUUUUCCAGAACAGGCAAAAAAAAAGCGAAACUCUUGUCUUGCAUGCAGGAUAUGUUCUUAUCCUCACAGUUAAUCCGUUAUGAAUAUAUUAUUUACUUGGUAUAUCUUCAUUAUUUUUAUCGUCACGAUUUUAUUUUCUCAAGGACUGAAUUUAAAAAUAAAAGUAGAUGAAACUAACAUCGGCUGCACCUGACUUUGACCAUGACCUCUUUUUUCGGGAACGAUUUGCAUGUAAGAGCAUACCGGUCAAAGCCUAUGGUACAUAAGUGUCAUUACAGUGAAUCCAGAGUUUAGUCGUUGGAAAACCGCAUAACUGAACAUUUGUAUUUUUUAGGGCUUUCUUAACAGACAUUGUAUUUAUAACUUGUUAAAAUGUCAGUAAGAAAAGAAUCUACAUUUAGUGCAGCGGAUUAUGUUGUUUUUGUUGGUACUUUGCUCGUUUCCUUUUCUAUAGGAGUAUUUUUUGCGAUAUGGGAGCGGAAGAAGAACACACCAACGGACUAUUUUCUAGCAGGCAGGAAUUUUAACACUUUGCCGGUCGCUUUGUCUUUUAUAGUCACCUUUCAGUCUUCUCUGAUGAUCAUUGGCGUUCCUGCGGAGGGAUACGCAUAUGGAAUGAAAAUGUUGUAUUAUGUUGUCGGAGUUAUAACAGCAUACAUAUUCGCUGGAAUCUUUAUCGUACCUGUGUUCCAUCCAUUACGGCUAACAAGCGUGUAUGAAUACUUUUAUUUGCGUUUUGGUGAUAACGUUUUACGUUACCUAACACUCACCUCAGGCGUGCUUUACAAUAUAUUCUACAUGGGAACUGUAACUUACGGAACAUGCGUCGCAUUAGAGGUCGUGAUGGGUAUACCGUUCUGGGGUACUAUCAUUAUUUAUACAACAGUCACAGCUGUGUAUACCUCUAUUGGUGGUAUAAAAGCCGUCAUAUGGACGGACGUUUUCCAGAUGCUAAUAAUGCUCACGGGAAUAAUAGCCGUCCUUAUAAAGUCUACCGUUGACGUAGGAGGUACGGCCAAUAUAAUCAAGUAUGCUGGAGACAGGUUUGACGCUGCUGACUUCCGUUUCGAUCCAACCAUUCGUUACCAAUUUUGGAACACUUCUUUCGGUUCGUUCAGCAUUAUGCUCAUUUGUACAUACAUGCAGCCCGCUAUGCAACGUGUUUACUCAACGCCCAGUGUGAAGUCCGCAAGAACAUUGUAUUUCAUCUCAGCACCGUUAUACGCAUUAUUCCUCUCAAUGGCCGCUCUCGAAGGAGCUUUUAUCUUUGCUUAUUUUGUUUCAAAACGCUGUGAUAUUCUUGAUGGAGGCCUUGUUGAGAAUAUAAACGAGAUUCUUCCGUUUACAAUACAGCAGUUAUUCAGCGACUAUCCCGGUUUUGCAGGACUGUUUAUAGCAUCCCUCUCCAGUGCAGCUCUAAGCACCCUUUCAUCAUGCCUGAGCAGCCUUUCUGCGGUCACCUACGUGGACAUUAUAAAAGUUAAUUUUCCUAAUAUCGGUGUAUACAAAGCUACCAAUAUUUCAAAAGUUCUCGUUCUGUUUUAUGGACUAGUGGCGAUGCUACUAGCUUUUGGAAUCGCUCUUAUACCAGGAACAAUUCAUGCAAUAUUUGCGGGGUUCAUGGGUUGCAUCGAUGGGCCAACAUGUGGGGUAUUUGUUCUAUCAAGCAUGUGGAGACGAUCCACAAGUAAAGGCUUAUUUAUUGGAGCUAUUGCUGGAUUUUGUGUGUCACUAUGGCUAAACGUCGGACAGACUUUCACAAAUUUACCGUCAUACCCUUAUCUUCCUCCAGGACCAACAGAUAAUUGUUCUUCCUUUCUCGAUCAAGCCUGGAAUGCUACAGACUUUUCCUAUGUUCAAAACACAGAGAUGCCAACAACAGAGAUGCCAACUACAGACAUGUCCACUAGUUCUCCUGAGAAAACUGUUCUAGAGACAAUUUAUAGCAUAUCAUUUAUUUUGUUCUCUUUUAUCGGCUUUGCAACAUCGUUAGUUUUCGGUGUAGUCUUCAGCCUCCUAACCUCUCCUCCAAAGGUCAUUAAUGAAAGCUGUAUUUUUUCGUUCCAAAAGCAUAUUAUAGAUGACCUUUUCAAACCGAAAGUAACACGGGAUGAGAUGGCAAAAGAUACUACAGAGAUGGAAUUUUUUGUGAAAAAGGAAUGAUUAAUCGCCCCUGAAUGAAUGAAAAUGAAGUUAUCUGUGUAUUUUAACUUUGUAUAAAUUGUUAUAAAACUUUAAAGUUAAAUAGUUCGUUAAGACAAUCAAUAUAAUUGCAGUUCAUACAUAGCAAAUAAAGUAUCAAUUAAAAUUUCAAAGUUCAUAAACUAAUGAAGUACAUGUAUGUAUUUGAUAGUGUAAAGGUCGGUUUCAAAGGUUUAUUUAUAGUUAUUUAUUGCGCUAAUUGAUCAAAACAAAUUCCGUUUUCUAAAUUGAUCAAUGCAUUACUGUAUCAUUUAUUACUGUAUCAUUUACAAGUAAAACGAAUUUUGUUUUGCUUCCUGCUAUUUAUUUUAUUUUGACUCAUUUUAGGGUCUAUUUUGUCAUACUCUUCAGAGGUAUGGGGCUAUACGAAAUCUAAGGAAUUUUGCCAACGAAUUUUAAAUGUUAGAACCAGUACAUGUAAUGCAAGUAUAUAUGGCGAGUUGGGACGAUAUCCCCCUUUUACACCUGAUAACAUGUUUAAUUAUAUAUUAUAUAUAUAUGUAUAUGAUGAUGUACUAUGUACAAGUCAAAAUAAAACGUAUGUUUUGUUC